UCUUCUUUUUUUUUCCUUUUUGCUGUGCGAGCGUGUAUAAUAAUGGCCGUUACGUUCUUUCGAACUCGCUGGUUGUGACUCCAUUGGUCGUCAGAUCUCUCUUCAGCGAACCGCCGCCGCCCUCGCCGUCUCCGGGGUCUCGUCUCGAGCUUGCCAUGGAGGACCAGAGCCCCAAGCCUAUCCGUUGCAAAGCGGCGGUGUGCAGAGGUCCCGGCGAGCCGCUCACCAUCGAGGAGAUCGUCGUCGAUCCCCCGAAAGCGUACGAGGUCCGCGUCAAGAUCAUCUGCACCUCGCUCUGCCACACCGACAUCACCUUCUGGCGCACCGAGUUUGCGACAGCUUUUCCAAGAAUCUUAGGCCACGAAGCCUACGGGGUGGUGGAGAGCGUGGGGGAGUAUGUGGAGGGCAUCGCCGCUGGCGACGCGGUGGUGCCGACGUUCAUGGGGCAAUGCGACACCUGCCUGGGCUGUGCGUCCGAGCACAACAACCUCUGCACCACAGUGCCGUUCAUCUUUGGCCCCUGGAUGCGGCGCGACGGCACCACCCGAUUCUGGGAUGCCCAGGGAAACCCCCUGCACGAUCUGGUGUCCGUGUCCAGCUUCAGCGAGUACACCGUCGUGGAUGUCACCCAGGCCGUCAAAAUCGACCCCGCUGUGCCGCCCAAGAUCGCCUGCCUCCUCGGUUGCGGAGCCAGCACCGGGGUAGGAGCUGCAUGGAAGGUGGCCAAGGUGGAACCAGGCUCAUCGGUAGCCAUCUUUGGGCUGGGGUCUGUUGGGUUAGCGGUGGCGCAAGGUGCGAAAAUGUGUGGAGCAUCCAUGAUUAUCGGCGUUGACAUGAACCCUGCCAAAGAGGAAGUUGGGAAAUCGUUUGGCGUGACGCAUUUCAUCAAUCCGUCGCAGCUGGGCAACAGUUCAGUCACUGAGGAGAUAGCGAAGCUGACAGGCGGUGGCGCCGACUACAGCUUCGAGUGCAUCGGCGUGUCGUCGGUGAUGACUGAUGCCUUCACAAGCACCAAGCCGGGCAAGGGCAAGACGGUCAUCCUGGGCGUGGAGAAGCACAACGGGCCAGUCUCGCUGCCGUCCCUCGACCUCCUGUCCGGCAAGUGCGUCAUGGGCUGCUACUUCGGCGGGCUGAAACCCAAGACCGACGUCCCGAUCCUCGCCCAGAAAUGCAUGAACAAGGAGUUGGAGCUGGACGGCCUGGUCACACAUGAAGUCGGCCUGCAGGAGAUCAACAAGGCCUUCGACCUGCUCCUGCAGGGGAAGAGCCUCAGGUGCAUCAUAUGGAUGGACAAGUGAAGUGAUGCGACGGCGGCCGCUGAUCGAGUUUGCAAUAUAUUUCUGAAUAAAAACAGUAGAGUAUGUUUCAAUUUGCAUGCCCUACUGAUGUGCUGUUCUCGAGGCCGCGUAUUAUGUCAUUGUCAUUUUUAAGGGGGAAAAAGUAGUGGCGAGCUCAAGAGCUGCAAUUGGGUAACGCCCUGUUUGUGUAUUAUGUGGUGUAUCCAUGUGCAUUUGUUCUAAACAUUUUGCAUUUAUGCUAUUUCAUAUAGCCAAAAAAAACCAUGGAAAAAAUGAGAUUGGUUUUUA